CAGAAAAACCUAUCAUUUUAACGGGGUGUGUACACUUUUUUUAGCCACUGUAUAACACCAAAAACAAUAUACAAACAGAAUAUAUUCCCUCACAAGCCUUUUCCUUCAGUCUUUUACUGUUAUUAAGACAAAAACGCAGCUUGUCAUGUUACAGAGAAACCAUAAAGUCUAAGCUCCUCUGCCCUGAAGACUUUCCUGUGUUGGUAAACAUAAAGCUACAGUAUUUACCUCUGACUGUUACAAAGCACUGACACCGGAGGCCCUUUCAAUAAAUGUUGUAAACAUCUCUUUACAGUAAACUUAAUUGCGCAAGUUUUUAAAACUGUUUGUGUAGCAUUCUCCAUACAAGUCCCAAUGAAUGAGUUGUUAUAAUAGAAACAAUAACCCAUUAGAACGAGCACAUAACCACAUUAACCUGUGAUUUGCAGCUCCACUACGAUCAGAGCUGCAGUUAUAGAAAUGAAUCAACACCAGCAUUCAUCAGAACUGUUAUAAUGUGGCAAAAAAGAAAAACAUUUAAACAGCCGACUGAAAAAAUGACCAAUCAAAUAUUAAUAAGCUUACUAAGAAAGUACUGGUGCACGAUGCUUCAUUUAUUUUUCUUAUUACCCAGUUUAACCCUCAAGAGACUCUUGCCCUUUAGAUUGUAAUGGAAAAAAAGUGAUAGGUGUACCUUUAAAUUUUGAGUCCGGCUAAAGAAAAUAAAUUUGAUGCAUAAUGAAUAAUAGGCAGGGAGUAGUGAAUCGUCAUCUACUGUCUGAAUCAUCACAAAACAAAAGAAGCAAACUUCAGACGCACACGCCUUGGCUGACGGACUAUAUUUAGGUGAAAGGCAGGCCGAGGACAUGCUGAUGAGCAAACCACCAGGCUGCUUCCUGAUUCGUGUCAGUGAGAGCAGAAUAGGAUACAGCUUGUCCCACAGAGCUGAGGAUCUCUGCAGACACUUUAUGAUCGAUAUGCUUCCAGGAAACCAGUGUCAGAUUGUAGGUGACAGUCUGCAGCAUCGCUCUCUCCAUGAUCUGGUAGCCUUCCACAGCCAAACUCCAAUUCGUCCCUACACUGAGCUGCUCACCGUAGCCUGUGAACAGGCUGACCAAAAUGUCUACGAAAACAUCCCUCCUCCCCUGCCAACACAUCGUACAUCUCUCCCCCCAAUUCCAAACCAGAACCUGAGCAUCUCAUCAGACGUUUCAAUCAGCGCACCAAGGCUCUAUCCCAGUCUAGAGCAGGAGCUUAAUGCUUUCAACCUGAGCAAUGUGGAAUCUCCUCUAAACCCUACACCACAGCCCAGAUCAAAAUUCAUCCUCCUGCAACCAGAGAGUACUGCCAUAUGGCACUCUGCACAUGCUAAAACCACUGCUGGACAAGAGCAACCUACAGAUUUACCAGCCGUUUGCAACCAGAUAAAAUCUGAAGACAAAGUGCCGCAAAAAAGUCAGGUGGAGUCGAAGCAUGCUCGCAUAAGCAUGAUUCAGUGCAAGAAUAUCUUCAAGAAGAAGAAGAAGAACCAUUCAGAUGAGCACACAUGCAUGAAAAUCAAUGAAGCUAAAGUCACAACAGAACUUGCAGCAUUGCAGAUAGCUGCAAACAAGGACCACCAAAAGGUGGAUGGUGUUUCUGGUAUGUUACCAGCGGAAUAUCUAAAUCCACCUCCAUUUGCUCCUGGUUACUAAAAGAUGAGCCAAAAGACUUAAUUUAAAAAAAAAAAUUUUAAGAUUUCAACACAGCCAUUUAUGUAUCAUUUACUAUAUUUUAUUGUUUUGCCACACUCCAGGAAUGAUGUAUAAAUCUGGAAUAAUAUUCAUUCACACCACUGUUUAAUGCUCAAUUUUUAUUGUUCAGAAGAUGUUGAUUAAUCUUCUGUAAGAGCACCUCUGACAGCUGCAAGUACGGGUUUAUAUUAAUGCACUUUUUAUUCCUAUAGUAACUUAUACAGGGACACUUGUAUAAUGGAUGCUCCAUGUAAUCUAUGUUUUAAUAGUAAAAGGAUUAUAAAUAGUAUGUUGUAUGUUUAAUUUAAUUUAAUUUUUAUUUAACAAAGAAAAAGGAAUAAUGGUUGAUAUGAAGUUUUCUCUGUGGAUAUGUGAAACAUUCAUGGAAGAAGUCUCCACUGUCAGCACUUUAACAGUAAGUUUUCAGACACAUGAAAGUCUUCAUAACAGACGAUUUUGUGCUUUAUGGUUUCUAACAUUAUCAAGCUUCUUUUUUUUGACUUAAAGUAAGGGGACAAUUGUUUAUAGAUUAUGUUUAUAUAAUGUAAGUGAUAACAAGAACCAACUUGUUUCACUAACUUUCCCCAACAUUUGUAAUGAUAUAAAUGUUUAAAAAGCAUGACCUGUCAUUUAUUAAUAAAUGAAGAAAAUUGCAAUAGUUGGCAAAUUGCUGUAGUA